AUGGUGGACGAUGGAAGUGGCGCGUGUAUUAUCCAUCCUCGAGUCCUCGUACAGAUGAGACUCGAAGAUAAAAUAAUAUCACGUUGCAUAACACUAACAGGUUUUAAUAAUGCAGUCGAGCGAACUUCUGGAGAUAUAGUGCUACCCGUUCUAGCCGGAGGAGUCACCCUCGAAACAAUGUUUCACGUCAUGGACCAAGACACAACCUACAACGCUAUCAUAGGCCGCCCGUGGAUACACGCCAUGCGAGCAGUCCCAUCAAGUCUCUAUCAAGUAAUCAAGUUCCCUACUCCAUGGGGGGUAUUCAGCAUCCAGGGCGAACAACGCACCGCACAAGAAUGCUACCGCAUCUCCCAGGACUGCGCACACACCCAACAACUAAAAGGAGCGAGCGCGGAAUCAUAG